GAUACCAGUCAUGAAUAAUACUUUUCAAUACUAUCAGCCGAUGUAUAACCUGGUUCCUUCAGAAGCCUUUCAUGAUGGGUCCAAUCUGAACGGGACUUCAAAAGGAAUGUUUAUGAACAACAUCAAAGAAGAAUACAUGGCAAUGAACAAAAUAUCCCAUGUUGACCAAACUGUAGGUCAUUGAGCACCUCCAAUGAGUCAAAGGUCUACAGGUUUAGAAGGGAUGUGAUCAGUUAGUACGACUUCGUAUGGAAACACUGAAAUUGCUGACUCAAAUCCAAAGAAUUUGAAUAUCCAAAGCCAAAGAAGUACAUCAGAAAUGUACCAAGAGAAAACCUUAAUAAAAAUAGACGUGUCUAGUAUCCAGGCCAUAUGUUUUGAAGAUGUCAAAGAAAUCAGGGAGAAAAUAGAUCAAAUUUUUGCACCUCAAAACGUCAAGAUGAUUUGAAAACGUGCUGAAAGAGUAUAUGCUAAUGGUUACUGAGUUUUCGUACUAUAUUGUAACAAGUGAAAGAAGCGAAGACCAUCUUAUAAGAGCAAUAAGUGUUAUAAAUAAGAGAAGCACAGGGUGCCAGUUCAUGCUCAAAUUUACAAAACACCAGAAUGAGAAAUACAGACUCACUGAUGGGGUAUUCCAGCAUAACCAUUUGUUGACAACCCCUGUAUUAGAUUCGAUGAUAUUAAACCAAAUUGAUCAAUUUGAUCCGACAACAAUCAAGCCAGCUUAUGUACGGAAGUAUAUUAACGAGAAAUUCAACAAGGAUAUCUCAUAUGCUCAGAUUGCUUAUGAACUCUCAAAGAGAAAGAAAAAGGUUAAGAAGGAAACACAAAACUUUACCGCUCAGGAUCUUACAACACAAGAAUUUCCUUCCGAAGGAAAGAUUUUUGUGCAAGAGAGAAAUAAGAAUAUAUGCAAUGCUAUGUACUUCAACGACAAAAUAUGAAGAGAGGUCCUUCUGAUUCAUAAGGUCCUAAACGCUCUGCUUCUAUUAGGAUUUGAUGAGAAAGCAAACAUGUAUCUCCACUCUUUUGUGGUGCUGGAUAACCACCAAGAAGAGGAUUACCUAUGGGUCUUAAAAACCUUCCUAAGCCAGAACAAGGUAGUUCCUAGAGUAACUAUUAUUGAUUACUAUGAGUCGCUCAAGAAUGCCUGCGAGUUGAUACUUCAUGGAACCAAGAUCAUCGUAUCUCCUUGGAGUUGUAAAUAGACUGGAGAAAAUGUACUUCCAAGAAAGAGACAAAGAUUGGAAUUUCAACCCGUGCCUUGUUCGUCAGUUUAAAGAUCUGAGUAAAAUGAAGCAAGAGUAUAACACACAAGUUGUAGCAGACCUCCUUGAAACACUUUGCUUAAAGGAAGAAGUUAACCUUGAAAAAUGUGAAACUCCUUUAAUUAUAAAAUAAAAUUCUGGAAAGUUAUUAUCAUUGUAAAGUCUCUAAUAACCUCAGACCAACAUUUGAUGACUCUAUUUAUGCUGAACAGCCAGAAUAUAGUGUUCAGAAAAAUAAUGACACAGAACCUCAAACUGAAAAUGUUGUGCAGAACAAGACUGAUCUAAAUCCUAAAUAAGUCAAAUAUCGCUCACCAAAUUGUUAAAGACAAAGAUUGUGAACUCGAAAUCUCUGAUAAGUCUAAGCAUUAUGAUCAGCAAAGCGUACAGACUUCUAGUUCAAAGACCCAUAAUGCUUUGUUUAGCUCAUUCAACUGCCAAAUGCUAAGAUCACCAAAGUCUGGUACGAAAAUCCCCAAAGGAAUCUUACAAAAUGAGGAGUCAAAUCUUAAAAACUCUACUACUAAAUUUUUACUAAAGUCAAACUCUUAUGGGGACCUGAGUGAACCUGAGUUUAGAGGAGGAGAAGUAGGGAGUAACGAAAAUUCGUCAAUAUUAUAGCCGGGUUUACUUCUAUGAACUCGCCUAAGAUGGAGGUACCUCCCUCUCCAGAGACUCCUAGAUCCAUGUUUCAGAGUAUGAAGAGCUCUAUUGGAAAGUGUAGCACCAAGUUUUUAUUUCCUUAUAACCUUAAUAAGAUAAACACCAGGCAGAAGGAUGAAGAGGAAGGAGACUCCUUAUUGGUCAAUCUUGAUCCUGAAGAAUUAUAUCUUCGAAAGCAGUCUCCUGUUUAAUACUUGGAAUUUAAGAAGUAAUUGAUUUACGA